AGGUGGCCCAGGCGUGGGAGGACCUGUGUGGCCACCCAAGGUCCCAGGGCUGGACACCCCAGGGCAGGUCAGCCUCUGGAUAACCGAGUUCUGCAGAGUAUGGAGACCAAACGAUUCCUUUUGGAUUUGUUAACAGAUCGCCAUGGAGACACGCUUAAGGGAGCUCACACCGGCGAACGCAAAGCAGGCUCCACUCGGGUGAGCCUAGCGCACACGGGCCUCUCACUGUAUCCGGCGCCGUCACCCCAGAGUGGUUCUGAGUUACCGAACAGUCGCCCGGACAGAAGCGCCGCCUUAGACGUCUCUCAGUGCUGUUCCUGGUGCAGUGAAGCCUCUCCAAGCUCUGGGCUGAGGGUGUGGCCCUGUCACAAAGGGAACCGCACACCCGGGCUCUGUCACUCGGCUCCCGGGCUGUUCGAGGGGACGACAGGCACGUCAGAAUUCGUGUCCCUGGGCAUUCGUCCAUCUCUGUGGUCACCCCAUUGAGAAUAUGGAUUUGGAUCAGUUGGAUCUGAAUCCUAGAAUUAUUGCUGCAGUUAAGAAAGCCAAACUGAGGUCAGUGAAGGAGGUUCUGCAUCUUUCUGGACCAGACCUGCAGAGACUGACCCGCCUCUCCGGCCCCGACGUGCAGCGCUUGCUGAGGGCGGCCUCCUCGCACCUGCGGGGAAGCAGCGUCUGCACAGCGCUCCACCUGCUCCGGCAGAAGGACCAGUUCCCCGAGCAGCACCAGCGCCUGAGCCUGGGCUGCCCCGUGCUGGACGGGCUCCUCCGCGGCGGGCUGCCCCUGGACGGCAUCACCGAGCUGGCUGGACGCAGCUCCGCCGGGAAGACCCAGCUGGCGCUGCAGCUCUGCCUGGCCGUGCAGCUCCCACGGCGACACGGAGGCCUGGGGGCCGGUGAGUGCGGCCACUUCGGGGGGCGGGCAGGGGUCCUGACCUGUCACCUCGUGGGCACCUGCCAUCGAGGCCAGAGGCUGCCCCUGGGGGCCGUUUUCCAUGGUUCCCGUCUCUGUCUUCACAACCGCUCUGCUAUUCCUGCCUCAGGAGAGGGAGGGGGGCCAGGGGCCCCUCGGUGGGAGGGAAAGUGCAGAGCCCUGGGGCCUGGCCGAGGGGGGACAGAGCCGGCCUCGGGUGACUCCGUUAAGUGGCGUGUCCCUGCAGAGGCCUGGCCCGUGGCCACUGUGACCGCAUUAAAUGUGGGGCCUGAGGCACAUUUUCCUGAGAAGGUGACUUCCCAAAUCAGGUCUGAAAGGCCCAGUUUUGAAAAGAAUGGCCAAGCGGCUCUGGAGUUAUUUUGGAUCCUGCGCUUCAGAAAAUGUGGAGCUCCUCCCCGCCGACCCUCAAAUGCUGGGCCGCCUUGCCGCCAGCUUCUCGAAGCCCCUCUGUGGGCGGGCGCCCCGCUCACCUGUCCCAGUGAGACGCCCGAUGGGGUGUGGCGCGAGGAGCUUCGAGGGCCGUGCGAUUGGGUUUGGCUGUGACCCUUCUGUCCGGGCCUCUCCCGAGACGUGGAGAACAUGGGCGCCGCGGCGUUGUGACGAGCGUCUCGGCCACGUCGGCGGCUCCGCAGGCAUCCCUGCCCCCGGGAAUGGGCUGGAAUGUGCCAGGGAAGGUUAGGGAGGCCCCAGGGGUUGGGAGCUCGCCACUGACACGGUCAGACGGUGCUUCUCCCUCCAUUUUGCAUCUCUUUUCCAAGUUCGAAAGUCUGUUGAAACAGAAUCGGGUCAAAAUGAAAGUUACACGCUCACAAAUAGGGCGCGCGGACGUGGUGUCGGUGCUUCUGGUUCUUCUCUGGGUCCCCUCCCCGGGGCGGUGCCGUGACCGGUACGGUGAGAGGAACGGUAGGUUCAGCCGUGGCCCUGAGAGUCCUGGUGGGGCUCAGCCAGCGCACCGCCGGAUCACAGGCCUUUCUUAUUUAUUUAUUUAUUUUGGGCUGCGUUGGGUCUUCGUUGCUGCGCGCGGGCUUUCUGCAGUUGUGGCGAGCGGGGGCUGCUCUUCGUUGGGGUGCAUGGGCUUCUCACUGCGGUGGCUUCUCUCGUUGAGCACGGGCUCUAGGCACGCGGGCUUCAGUGGUUGUGGCGCACGGGCUCAGCAGUUGUGGUUGGCGGGCUCUAGAGCUCAGGCUGUGUAGUUGUGGCGCAGGGGCUUAGUUGCUCCGCGGCACGUGGGAUCUUCCUGGACCAGGGCUCGAACCUGUGUCCCCUGCACUGGCAGGCGGAUUCCUAACCACUGUGCCACCAGGGAAGUCCUGAGGCCUUUCCUCUUUAUUUAACUCAGUGGUUUUUAGCAUUUUCACAAAGUUGUGCACCCACCACUACUGUCUAGUUCCAGAACACUUCAUCACCCCAAAAAGAAGCCCCACCCCUAUGAGCAGUCACUCCGCACUCUCCCCUCCCCCAGCCCCUGGCAACCGCCCAUCUGCUCCCUGUCUCUGGAUUCGCCUGUUCUGCACAUUUCAAAUAAAUGGGAUCAUGCAAAUGUGCCCUUUUACUCAGCAUAACUAGUCUUCAGGGUUCACCCACAUUGGAGCAUGUGUCGGUUCUUCAUUCCUUUGUAGGGCUGAAUAAUGUUCCAUCGUGCGUACAGACCACAACUUAGCUACCCUUUCAUCCGCUGACAGUCGUGCGGGUGGUUCGCACCUUUUGUUCGUGCGUGGCUUUGGGUGGACACCUAGGAGUGGGAUUGCUGGGUCGUAUGGUAGCUGCGUGUCUCGCUCUUUGAGGAACUGCCAGACUGUUCUCGGCAGCGGCUGCACCGUUUUCCUUCCCAUCAACGAUGUAGGAGGUUCCAGGCCCUCCGCGUCUGAGCCGACGCUUGUCCCUCUGACGCCAGCGUGGGUGGUCUCUCGCUGUGGCACUGACUGCAUUCCCCUUGUGGCUAGUGAUCUUGGCCAUCUGUGCACCUGCUGCUGAUUCCUGUGUUUUUGGAGAAAUGUCUAGUCCAAUCUCUUGCCCAUUUAAAAGCUUGGGUUAUUUGUCUGUGGAGUUGUAGGAGACCUUUAUCUAAUCUGGAUACUAAACUCAUCAGAUGAACGAUUUGCAGUAUUUUCUCUAUUAAGUUGUCUUCUCCCUCACUUGUUGGUGUCCUUUCCAGCACAGUUUUUCACUUUGAUGAUGUCCAGUUUGUUUCUUGCUUGUGCUUUUGGUGUCAAAUCCAAGGAUCCACUGCCCAGUCCAAGGUCAUGAGAUUUAUCCCUGUGUUUUCUUCUAAGAGUUUUAUGGUUUGGGCUCUCAUAUUUGAUCCAUUGUGGUUUAGUUUUCCCAUAUGGUAUGAGGUAAGGGUCUAAUGCCAUCCUUUUGCACGUGGGUGUCUCUCUGUCCCAGCGCCAUUUGUUAAAAAGACUACUCUUUCCCCACUGAGUUGUCCUGGGGCCUUUGUUGAGAAUCAGUGGCCCCUGGUUCUUUUCAGCACAGGACUCCGGGGGCACCUUCUGGUGGGGAUGCCAGGCCCCUGGUGAUGCAUCGCCUGUGUUUUGUUUACUGGCUUCUCCAGGCGCAGCAGAGACAGUUACCACCGGGUAGCCCAGAACCGUAGGAGGAGCCUUGACAGUGGAAUUGAGGGAACAUCCGCCCAACAGGGCCUGGGAGGGGCAUCUCCCUGUGUCUGCAGAAGGGGGCGUUCCCGAAAGCCGGGAGCCCCUACAGUUCCCCUCGGUCCCCCUUGGACAGCCCAGGGUGGGCAGACCCACAGGGUGAAGUUCCGGCGGCGAGGGGCCCGCGGGGAGAGGUGGGCGCCGGCCGGCCCCCGUGCUGGGUCGGAGGGGCAGACCCAUGAGAGGCAGUGCAGGAAGGAGAGGGUCGUUGGCCUUUGGUGGGGCGGCCUCAGGCCGCCGCCAGCUGCCCUCCGCCCCGCGGCUUCCCAGGG